AUGAAGUCGCAAAUUCUCUUUCGAAAAGCUACGCGAACGGUUGAAUCAUCACCUGUGAAUGUCAAUCCCCAACGAAAACGUUGUUUACUAUGUGAUUCGCUGUUAAAAAGCCAUCGUUAUUUAUUAAUGGGCAAAUCAAUUCACGAACCGAUACAAAUUGACAACGAUAAAAGUAUAACUUAUGCUGAAUGUUGCCGAAAAUAUUUAAAAGAAAAGAAUCUCUGCGAUAAAUUCCAUAUAAUCUGUUUGAGAUGUUGUGAUAAUUUACAACGCCUUCAUUCAUUACAUCUAGAUGCAGAGGAAGUAACUAAAAAAAUACGCCGAAGUUUUCACAAAACGAAACGGCUCAAUCAAAUUCGUCGUUGUUCUUCAAAAAAUGAAAAAGUUAUUGAAAUCAAAGAAGAAUCUUCACCAGUAGAAAUACUUGCUGGACCAGUUCUUUCCAAUAAUGCCUACAUUCAAAAGCAUUUACCACCCUAUGAUGCUCCAUCACAAAUUCCUCUAUCAAAUAUCCCAAGUAUUCGCUCAGCAUUUGUUCCAGCACAAGUGUUUCCAAAUGAGCAUCAAAAUUAUUUUUAUCAUCACACAAUGAACAAUGCAUCUGCAUUGCCCUAUGCACAAUUUAUGAUCGAAUCACCAAUAUCAACAAAUUUUUCUCAUCAACAACAAGAGAAUGAUUUAACCAGUAAACAACUGUCGCUCGAUGAUGAUCGAUCACUUUCACCAUGUACAAACGAUGAUGAAACUGGCUCGAAAACUACUCGUUUAACACGUCGGCAAUAUGAAUUUUUAACUAAACUUCCUGAUCAACAAUCACUAAAUGCAUUCAUUGAAGCAUCCGCAUCAGAAUCUAAUUCUCGUUGGACAUGGCGGCGAACAUCAGCCAAUUCUCGUGGAUAUAAAAUCUAUUAUGUAUGCAAUUUUUCUAUGCGUCGUCAUUACCAUCCAUGUCCUGCUGCGAUGUAUGCACUUUUCAAUCCCGAGGGAACUAUUUCAAUUUAUUCGCAUGGUCAACAUCAACACAUACCAAAAAACCGUCUUCCUCUAAGUAUAACAGAUGAAAGUAAAGACGAAAUAUUCAAGUGUUUACAAACUGGAAUGUCGGCAAGUGACAUUCGUGAACAUUUAAUUCGUCUUCAACUACCGUUCGGUGAUACAAAAAAAUUAAAUAACUUUAUUAAAUAUCACAAAGAAUUAUUGCGCUUUGGUGCAGUAACCAAUGUUCGACUGAAUGGAAGUGCUUAUCGUCAACCACAAUUUUGGGCUAUUAGACGGCCAUCACCAACAAAUGCAAAUACAUCACUGACAAUGUAG